AUGGGUGGGCAUGUGGUUAUAGGAGUUGCCACCCUCCUUGAUAACGGUUCUAAAAGAGUUCUACCUAACCACAAAAGACCAUUGCCCAGCUUAAUUCCUAUCAAGGCCACUCCUCAGCCCAAUUUUCAUCAUUUGGGAGGCCCAGAACCAAUAUGCAAAGCUGAGAAGGAAAAGUCUAGAUCCCCAUUGCUACAGCUCAAGCUCUGGCCAUUGGUUGAUUCCUGUACUAAUGGAAAGGAUGACGAAAAGAGUUUGCUUCUGAGUUUUUCUCGGGAUCCGAAAAAGAUAUACCCGGAACAACCUGUGAAUAGAUUGACUGCAAACAAAAAGGAUACUGAAGACUAUGAGUCUAUUCCAUCCUUAAUUCCUUCGCCACCAACCCGAGACUAUCCUCUGGGAAUACUCCAUCCUUGCAUAGCCUGGAAGGCAGCCACUUCUUGUGAUGGAAGCGAAAAACGGGACAUGCAAACUGAGUGGCUGCGAAAGACGGUUGGAGUUGUUGGGGGUAAAGAUUUGCCGGCGCAGCCUUCAGAAGAAGAAUUUAGGCUUGCAUUGAGAAGUGGAAUAAUCCUUUGCACUGCUCUUAACAAGAUUCAGCGUGGAGCUAUAUCAAAGGUGGUAGAGGGUCCUUGUGAUUCUGACAUUAUUCCUGAUGGGGCAGCUCUCUCUGCAUUCCAAUACUUUGAAAAUGUCAGAAACUUCCUUGUAGCUGUGGAAGAAUUGGGGGUUCCAGCAUUUGAAGCCUCUGAUUUUGAAGAGCUAGGGAAAUCUGCAAGGAUAGUGAACUGUGUUCUAGCUCUUAAGUCAUACGGUGAAUGGAAGCAAAGUGGUGCACGAGGGUCAUGGAAAUAUUCUGGGAAUUUCAAACCUUCAAGCUUUACUGGGAAACCAUUUAUGCGGAAACAUCCGGAACCAUUCCUGAAUUCCUUUUCAAGGACCUCAUCAGCGGGUGAGAAGUCUCUAGACAGUGAGCAGGCUUCAAAUGGUGAUCUUGUUCUUGACCUCAAUGAAGCAGGAUCCUCUCGCAACUUAAACAUUCUAGUCCGCUCAGUUCUUUCAGAUAAGAAACAAGAAGAAAUUCCAAUGGUUGUGGAAUCUAUGCUUACUAAAGUCAUGGAGGAGUUUGAGCGUCGCGUGGCGAGCCAAAAUGAGCUGAUGAAAACAACUUCAAAAGAUAUGGAAACAUGUUGUCCUCCCAACAACUCUCUUCCAAGAACUGCUUCCGCUGAUGUAGAGAUGGAUGGUGAGUUUCCCAUCAAUGAAAAGAAGAUUGAAGAGAGUGCAAAACAAAUAAAAGAGAAGGGUAAUCAUGAUGAGGAAUCAGAAAUCCAACUUCUGAAACAGCAUAUGUUGGUUGAGCAACAACAAAGGGAUCUUCAGGAAUUGAAAGAAACUCUACACACUGCGAAAGCAGGAGUGCAGCAAUUGCAAAUGAAGUACCAGGAAGAUUUCAGUGCUUUAGGUAAGCAAUUGCAUGGUCUAGCCUCUGCUGCUUCAGGGUACCAGAAAGUACUUGAAGAAAACCGCAAGUUAUACAAUCAAGUGCAAGACCUAAAAGGAAAUAUUAGGGUGUACUGUCGGGUCCGGCCAUUCUUGAAUGGACAAGUGAACCGUGCGAGUACAGUGGAUAACAUCGAGGAAGGGAAUAUAUCAAUUACCACCCAAUUAAAGUAUGGAAAAGAAGGACGGAAAACAUUUAGUUUCAACAAAGUAUUUAGUCCGGCUGCAACCCAAGCGGAGGUAUUUUCAGACACUCAAGCUCUGAUUCGGUCUGUUCUUGAUGGUUACAAUGUUUGCAUAUUUGCAUAUGGCCAAACAGGAUCUGGAAAAACGUACACUAUGACUGGACCAAAGGAGCUCACUGAGGAAGGUCUAGGUGUAAACUUCAGGGCAUUGAGUGAUCUAUUUAUCCUUGCAGAUCAGAGAAAAGACACCAUUAGCUAUGAUAUUUGUGUGCAAAUGCUUGAAAUCUACAAUGAGCAAGUUAGGGAUCUACUUGUGACAGAUGGUCAAAACAAACGAUUAGAAAUUCGUAACAGUUCUCAAAACGGAAUCAAUGUGCCAGAUGCAAACCUUGUACCUGUAUCAACAACUUCUGAUGUUCUAUAUCUGAUGGACCUUGGGCAAAAGAACCGUUCAGUAGGAGCUACAGUGAUGAAUGAUCGGAGUAGUCGAUCUCAUAGCUGUGUGACAGUUCACGUUCAAGGAAGAGACUUGACAUCUGGAGCUAUUCUUCGUGGUUCCAUGCAUCUUGUUGAUCUUGCAGGGAGUGAAAGAGUUGACAAGUCGGAGGUGACAGGAGACAGAUUAAAGGAGGCUCAACAUAUCAACAAAUCUCUUUCUGCCCUGGGAGAUGUGAUUGCCUCUCUUGCUCAAAAGAAUUCUCAUGUUCCCUAUAGAAACAGUAAACUUACUCAACUGCUUCAGGAUUCACUUGGAGGGCAAGCAAAGACACUUAUGUUUGUUCACAUUAGUCCGGAGCUUGAUGCCCUUGGAGAAACAAUUAGUACACUCAAAUUUGCUGAAAGGGUUGCCACUGUUGAACUUGGUGCUGCUCGAGCUAACAAAGAGAGUACAGAAGUGAAAGAGCUUAAAGAACAGAUAGCUAGUCUUAAGGCAGCCUUAGCAAGGAAGGAAGAGACAGAGCAUCUUCAAUAUACUCGACCUAGCACCCCAGAAAGAUCCAGUGUGAAGUCUAAUGGGUCUUCUCCUUCUCAGUCUAGCUGGAACAGCUUAGGAGACAUCUCCAGCAAUCAUAGGCAACCGAUGGAAGAUGUCGGUAACAUACAGGCCCAGAACCAAUAUGCAAAGCUGAGAAGGAAAAGUCUAGAUCCCCAGUUGCUUACAAGCUCACAGCUCUGGCCAUUGGUUGGAAUUCCUGUACUAAAUGGAAAGGAUGACGAAAAGGAAUUUGCUUCUGGUGACUGGGUUGAUAAAGUCAUGGUGAACAAGCAUGAUUUGUUAGUUAGUGGUGAUAACUUGCUAGGUCAGUGUGAAGUAGACAACAGACAGUUACCUGAAAGUUUUUAUCAGAGUUUUUCUCGGGAUCCGAAAAAGAUAUACCCGGAACAACCUGUGAAUAGAUUGACUGCAAACAAAAAGGAUACUGAAGACUAUGUACAGAGGGGUCGGUAUGAGAAUGCCACCACUGAUGAUUCUGAUCCUGAGGCUGCCGCAAGUGAUUGUUCAGAGCCAGACUUGCUUUGGCAAUGCAAUAUUCCUAGAGUUGUUUCAACUACUCCUAAAGGACUCGGUACUAAAACAAAGAAAACUCCCACCAAAUCCUUGACAAAGCUUACAGAAACAAGGAGUCUAAUUCCAUCCUUAAUUCCUUCGCCACCAACCCGGAGACUAUCCUCUGGGAAUACUCCAUCCUUGCAUAAGCCUGGAAGGCAGCCACUUCUUGUUGAUGGGAAGCGAAAAACGGGACAUGCAAAGUGAAUAUACCAUAAUGCAGUGUGCAGAGAAAGUGACUUUUUUUUUUUUUCU